UAGACCCCCGCGCCGCCUUGGUCGACUACGCCCAGGAGCAGUUGCGGCGGAAGCGGCUGGCGCAAAUCCAGGAGCGGAUCUUAGAGGAGAUGCGGCGGCUGAUGAAGCACGAGCUCGCCCAAGGCUUCGUCUAUGGCAUCGUCCCCUACCGCGGCAAGCCCAUGAGCGGCGCCUCCGACGGCCUCCGUUCCUGGUGGAAGGAGACGGUCCGCUUCGACCGGAGCAGCCCCGCCGCCAUCAGCAAGUACCAGUCGGAGAUGUGCCCCGACUUCAUCGGCAGCGUGAUCACCGCCGACUUCUCCGUCCCCGCCGCGCUGCAGCAGUUGCAGGACACCACGCUGGGCUCGCUCCUCUCCGCCCUGAUGCCCUACUGCGACCCGCCGCAGCGCCGGUUCCCGCUCGACAAGGGCCGGCAGCCGCCGUGGUGGCCGACCAUGCAGGAGAAGUGGUGGCCCGACACGGGGAUGCCCAAGGACGCCAGCCCGCCGCCUUACAGGAAGCCGCAUGACCUGAAGAAGGCGUGGAAGGUCAGCGCGCUGAUCGCCGUCAUCAAGCACUUGAUGCCUGACUUCGAGAAGAUCCAACGCCUCGUGGAGAAGAGCAAGGGACUGCAGGACAAGAUCACCGCCAAGGAGAUCGAGAUUCUCCACGCCGUCAUGAGGCACGAGCUCAAGAAGUGCUUCCAGGACGACAAUCGACUGCAGCAGACGCAGCAGCGCUCAUCGGCCACGGAGGUCAACGCCCUUCCCCUUCCCUGUCAGAUCUCUUACGCCCACGAAAUCCAACUCCACGACAGCUGUGGAUAUCUAAUUCGGCAUGCUCUGACCUCUAGAGCAACGUCGACCGACUACAACGCUAACGUCAAUCUGUUCCAGAGGAGUUUGAGCCUGCAGCAGCCGCCCGGUUCUCGUGUUCUGGUGGAGAAGAAAGCUGACCUUUACGGCUCUGAAAUGGCGAGGAGUGCGGUCUUUGAUCAUGACACAGAAGGCGCCGGUGAGAAUAUAGUUGAGCCUGAGGUGUUCCCAAUCUUGGAGCAGGCUCUGCUCUUCGAGCCUACUUACGGGCAGGACGUUGAAGUCUGCAUGGAUGUGGACGAACCCCUGUGCUCCUUCACUCGAUCAAAUGCCCUGAAGCAGCUAGAGGAUUUUUCUGACUGGUGCGAGGAUUUAUGA